CCCUCUCACGAGUCCUCUCGCUCUUACCAACGCCUUGAUUGGCGAUGGUGUUGCUACAGCCGACGUCCCGCCUUCCUUGACGAGCCGGAGGGAGGAAACAACUCCGUUCAGCCAUCCUUCCCCCCCGCCCCCUCGGUCCGUCUGUCUGGCAGGCGGCUCCGCCGAGUCUGCUCCGCGCCGUCGCGGAGCCUGGCGGGUGAAGCGCGGAGCAGGCCGAAGCUGUGUCCUGGCUGUUGCGGGGGCAGAGCGCUGUGCUGUCCGGAGCUGUAAGGAUGAGUCUGGGGAGAAGGGAGAGGUCUCGUCGGGAGCGACAGUAGCACUGCCCUCCUCUUCCUCGCCACCCAUGAGCGGGGAGGAAAAGAAGAAGGGCGGAAGCACAACAUUAGGCUAAGACGGCAAUGGAGCGAUUUGAUGUGAAGCCACCUCCCUCCCGGAGUCGUUCUAAGACGGCUUUGUAUGUGACUCCUCAGGAUCGUGUAACAGAGUUUGGCAGCGAACUGUAUGAAGAUGGGGGGAAACUGUAUUGCACUUUCUGCAAUGUAGUCUUGAAUCAUGUCCGCAAAUCUGCAAUCAAUGAUCAUCUCAAAUCCAAAACUCACACUAAACGCAAGGGGGAGUUUGAAGAGCAAAGUGUCAGGAAGAAGCCACGGACUCUGACUGCCUCUCUGCAGUGCAACAGUACAGCCCAGACAGAGAAGCCUGGUGUCAUUCAGGACUUUGUAAAAAUGUUUCUGGAAGCUAGCAUUCCCCUUGAAAAGGCUGACCAUCCAGCUGUACGUGCUUUCCUCUCUCGCCAUGUGAAGAAUGGGAACUCCAUACCUAAGGCAGAUCAGCUAAGGAAAGCUUACUUGCCUGAUGGGUUUACCCAUCAGCUUAUCAAGUCAGAAGACCACUGAGAAGGCUACUUGGUUCUAAGUGUGGAGUAUUACAGUUGCAUAGCAGUGAUGUGGUUUAUUUUUCUAUUCAUGCACAUGCAAUGUUAUGUAAUGGUUUUUGUAUUGUACAAUGACAAUCUAUUGCAGAAUGCAACCAUGUACAACAAACAGUGGCUGAUUCAAGUAUUAGAGGAGUUUGUAUCUAAAAGUUGUUGAACUCCUGGGGGUGGGGAGAUGGCAGGAAGGUGCCACAUUGCUGAAUUGCUAAAUAUUGCCCAGUGCUAAAAGAAUACUCUAGAAUACUUUCUCUGAAUCCUUUUCAUCCCACAUUACCUGAUACCUGGUAUCAGGUAAAUGAACAAACAAGUAUGGUCAGACCCAAGGGUCUAAUUUCUGGCUUUAAUCUUAAAUAUGUAUGCAUAUAUAUCCUAUUUAUUAGGCCUGAAUCCUUGGUAUAAAUUUAUUUCCAGUGUACUUAUGUAUGCUAAUGUAAUCCUACAAGUUUAAUUUCCAGUGAAGAUGUCAUAGUUCUGCUGGUGCAGACAAUUAUCCUGAACCCACUUUCUACCUGAUUCUAUGUAAUUUAUUUUCUUUUAGGCAAUUUUCUUUUAAUUACUGGCUGGAUGCACAAACCUUACCCAGCUAGUUGGGCACGUGGGUAGGUCAAGAAUGCAGAUGUAUUUCCCAGUGAAAGCAAAGUGUAGCAUCUGCAUUUGGAUGCUCAUUCCAGUCAGCCUUCCAUGAAUACCACUAAUUCCUGAAAACAAGAAUAUUUGAGAUACUUCAUGGAUAUAAAGAAAAAGCAUAUACAUAUCCCUAACAAUACUAUAGUUCUUCAGAGAAAAUUUGCAGGACUCCCAAGAGCAAAAUUAUACACUUAUUUGUCUAUAGAUGGCGUUGCUUUGCAAAUAAUGCUUCAUUUGAGAGGGGUUUUGUUGAACAUGGCAUUUCUAUUUCUUCUUAAGUUCAACUUCAAAGCUGUCUCAGGUAACUGGAUUUUUUAAUCUAUUUGAAUAGCUAAUGUUCUUGAAUUCUGCUCAGUUUGAGCCUAUGUAAUAUGAUUUCCUAGAGUGAAACAGAAUUACUGGUACCUUUUGGUUCAAUAUAUAUUCCCUUUUCUUGUUUGAAAAUCUUUCCCAGGAGAACAAGUUUCUUGGGAAUAUUUAAUUCCCAAUUAAUUCCCUGAUUAAUAUAUUAUUGGGUCAUCAUCCUAAAAAUGCUUGGCUUUUUUCCUCUUUUUUUAAAAGCCCCACAUUUCCCUACAUUCUGGGAAUGUUGAGAGUUGUAAAAAAAAAAAAAAAAAAAACAAUCUGGCUAAACAUUAUGGGAUUGUGCCCUUAACCCAUUCACUAUCAGCAAUGCAUGAUCCUUUCAAAGUUAAGCCCAGUUGGGUCUCAUUGAUUUGAAUGCUAGAAUUAAGCAUUACUAUAAGUUGUCCUUGUUGAAAUAGGCUAGAACAUGUCCCUGAUGUUUUACAUUUUUAAUAGAAGUGGAAGGGAAGUUGGAUAGCAUUCCACUUCUGGCCAAUAAUUCUGAUAAUACACAGCCCAAUCAAGUGGAGAGAAAAGAAUGGGGAACUUCUACAGAAGUAAGACCUCAUGGAUUAGAUCAUGGAUUUAUUGCUUUUCCAAUACACAUUUCUUUCUUCUGAGUAAAACUGCAGAGUAGGCAAUUUAAGGAAAAUGACUAUUUUUUCUUUAUGUUAGGAUGCCAUAGUUUUUGAAUAGGCUUAUAGUAAGGUUUGGCAUUGGUGAACACCAUCCUGAACCUGGAGUUGGCUUGGCUUACUAAAAACUGUAUUUUUCACCUUUAAAACAUCUUUAGCUCUCACUUUGUAUGGAAAUAUGUAAGCAACAUUUUUGUAGGGUUUGGUUCAUGAUUUAGUAAUAUUUACUUUUGACCCAUUUGUGUCAUGACCAUUUCCCGCUAGUUUCAACAGGUCUCCUCUAAGUCUGGAGCUAACCCAUUGUUUCCAGAGAUUAGGGAAGGAACAUUUGGGUCCUCUCCCUUCCCUGAAUGUGUCUUUCCCCCUUUCUUUCCUUUUGUCCUUGCAGUUCUUAUGAGUCUAUGCUGAAUUUCGCAUAGCUAUUCAUCUAUAGCUUUGAGCUUGUUUUUUUCUUCUUUGCCUGAACAUUGUUAGUUCUGAGCUUAAUUACUUGUAGCUGGACAAAGGAUCACUUAGUAAUUACUUUUUGAGCAAAAUAUAGCUAUUAGCACACAGCAAGCAUAUUCAGGACUUGCCACACAUUAGUUUUCAAACACUGAAAUGCACCACUCCUGUGCAAUAUUAUUUUUAAACUAUUGUGGGUUGCUAUAUUGGGUUUGCAGCUAUGAGUGGCACAUCUGUUUCAUUGGCAAACAUGCCAAUGUAAAGUUUUAAGCUUACGCGAGUGCCUCUAUCUUAACUUUCAAGAAAGCGUAUAAUAACUUACUAUUAGACAAAUAUGACAUUCUUUCUAAAGAGCUAGCAUCUAAAAAGUACUGUUUUUUUCUGCAGACACCCUUUUUUUUAAAAAAAACCUUAUUCAACUAUCUGCCUUUGUUGAUAGAAAUGGGUAGAGCAAGUGGUUAGUUCCCUAAAAACCUGAGAUUUAAUCUUUAUAGUUAUUUUUGUUUAUCUGCUAACUCUUGUGUGUUAGUUUAAAUAGGAGACCAUAAUGCAGUGCCAUCAAUACAUAUGUACUACCUGUCUUCCCCAUUCAUAAGCUUGUUCUAUAUGAUGUCUAGUAAUAGAGUGGGUGCCCUCUGUGUAAGGCAAUGGGAAAUGCAUGUGAUGUAUUUCAUGGGGUUAUUUCCGUGUAUGCCUUUGCUACUUGCAUUCAAAGGGCAGCUUCACAUGGUAACAAGGACACACUAACAGAAGGCAUGUGUGUGACUGAACAUUUUCUUUUCAUAUUUUCCGUUAAUGUGCAGAGUAGUGAUUCUUGUGGUGACCUCUGUGCCUGAAGAUUGCACAUCGUACCACAAAAGCAUAGCGUGUUACUGCUUAGCACAUUGUAAGUGUGAAAAGACUAAAAGCAUGCAUAACUGAGCUGCCUAGGAGAAAGGAAGCUGCAAAGUGAUACCAUUGAACUAGGUAUUGGUAUAAAUCAUGAAAAGAAGCAAUGUCUGUGAACAAUAGUUGAUAUUUUUUUUAAAAAAUCAUUGUUUGGACUGUACAGAAUUGAAUAGUUGUUGAAAGCCAGACUUUCUAAAGUAUACAGUGGAUCAUUUAAUUUAACUUGCUUUAUUAUUUCAUUCGUGCAUGUAAUGUUAGCACUGAAAUAAAUAAGUAGAUGCAUAAGUAGAUGCUACUUAGCUAAAGUAGUAGUAUUUCAUAUUUUACAGAUUGGUCUUGUUUAAACAUGAUUUGGUUUUCAAUAACCUGAAAGUAAGACAUGUUCAAUUAUCUGAGACUUGCUUCCCAAGAAAAAUACAUAGGAUUGGUCUUCAGGGAUACAGUCCAUUGGCAAAGAUCAGAAUCUUGAAAUUCAUUAUUUUUUCACCAUUCUAUUGAGCACAAGACUUCUCUACAGAAUCUUUCUAAGCCUUAUUAGUGUUAACGUUUGACUGUGAGACAGAUGAACAUCACAUUUGAUACUGAGAGCAUACAUUUACUGCAGCAACAUUAAUCAUUGGAAAGAUAGGUGUUAACAUGUCCUUUUUAUGAACUUCUAACUUCCAAAUUUUCACCUUUAUUGUUAUAGGGAUUGAAACAAUGUUUGACCCAACUAGCCCAGUUUACAACAGAAAGCAAAACUAUUUUGUUCCAGCCAGGGAAUGUUCUUAAGCUACUCAAAAAUUCCUAACACCCAAAGGAUUUUUUAAAAUUUUGUCUGUUGCACUUAAACUGAUUUUUGUAUCUCCAUGAUAACUUUUUUCUUGAGUGAAAAAAGGAACACAACUAUAAUGUGCUAAUGAUUACCAUUUAUUUAUAGAGUUACACUUUGUAUGAAUAACCUUGCUAUCCCUUUAUACUAUUUCAUCUUUAAAUUUGCUGCUAGGAUACUUUUUUGUUGGCUUAUGCAUGUUACGUAUUAAUUGUGUUUUUAAAGUUCUGUGUUAACUUUACAAAAUAAAGUUUUUAAAAUGAGUAC